AUGCCUGGCUGGCCUCGCCCACCCGCCCGGGACGCCGGGUGGGCCUCGCCCACUCCGUCCCGGCGCCUGCGGGCCCCUCGCCCCCCCCCCCCACCCGUCCCGGGAACGCCUGGCGGGCCUCGCCCGCCCGUCCUUGGACGCCAGUGGGCCUCCUCCAUCCGUCCGGGACCCGCCUGGCGGACCUCGCCCACGCACCCGUCCCCGUGGGACACCUGGCGGGCCCUGGGGGGGGGCCGGCACCAAUCCCUAAGACACCUGGGGGGGGGUCCUCCCACCUGCCACUUCCUGGGACACGUUAAUCGGGGGGGCCUCGCCCACCCACCCCGUCCAAGGCCUGCCCACCCAUCCUGGGGACGCUGGCAGGCCUACUGCCCCGCCGUUCUCCGUGACGGCCGGAGGGCCUAG